GUAUCGGAUUCACAAAGCGUUUCAGUGGGAACCUUCCAACCUACAAUGUUGGGCACAGCGUCGUGAGUAAAAAGUAAUGUCUUGCAAAAGUGAAGGGACGGCGUUGUCCGUCAACUGAACGAAUGGUCUGUAAAUGCUUCCUGCGGCUGCUGCUAGCUCCUCGUAUAUGUCGUUUAACUUGACAGAAGCUCGUUUUGCCACAAGGUGAGUGCAGACUGAGGGAUAAUGGCACAUGUUGGGGCAGUUGUUGCUGCUAUGGCCGGUCUAAUGGCCAUUCUGCUUCAUUCUUCCAUACACAAGAUCGAGGAAGGACAUUUAGCUGUGUAUUACAGAGGAGGAGCUUUGUUGACCUCUCCAAAUGGCCCAGGUUACCAUAUAAUGCUGCCUUUCAUCACUUCUUAUAGAUCAGUGCAGACAACUCUGCAAACAGAUGAAAUAAAAAAUGUGCCUUGUGGAACUAGUGGGGGUGUAAUGAUCUAUUUUGACAGAAUUGAAGUGGUCAACAUGCUCAUUCCAACCUCAGUGGUGGAUAUAGUGAGGAAUUACACUGCAGAUUAUGACAAGACGCUAAUCUUCAAUAAAAUUCACCAUGAGUUAAACCAGUUCUGCAGUGUGCACACACUACAGGAAGUCUACAUUGAGCUGUUCGACAUAAUUGAUGAGAACUUGAAGACUGCACUACAGAAGGACUUGAAUUGUAUGGCCCCUGGUCUCACCAUUCAGGCCGUGAGAGUCACCAAACCUAAAAUUCCAGAGGCAAUCAGAAGAAAUUAUGAGCUCAUGGAAGCAGAGAAGACCAGGCUGCUCAUCACCGUUCAGACACAAAAAGUGGUGGAAAAGGAGGCAGAAACUGAAAGAAAGAAGGCCAUCAUAGAGGCUCAGAAAGUGGCUCAGGUGGCAGAGAUUCAGUUCCAACAAAAAGUGAUGGAGAAGGAAACUGAGAAAAAGAUCUCAGAAAUUGAAGAUGCUGCUUUCCUGGCGAGAGAGAAGGCACGAGCAGAUGCUGAAUAUUACACCGCUGCAAAAUUUGCUGAAGCCAACACGCUCAAGCUCACGCCAGAGUAUCUGCAGCUGAUGAAGUACCAGGCCAUAGCUGCCAACAGCAAGAUCUACUUCGGUCAGGACAUCCCAAACAUGUUUGUAGACAGCAGUGCCUCCCGUCCGGCCGCAGGAGAAUCCGAGCAGCUGGAGUCCUUGAGCAUGAGAGAGAGUCUUAAGAAAGCGUCCAAGCCCAAAGCCUCAGAAGGCCACUGAAGGGCCUGAGAUCUGUCCACCCCCUUCUUCCUCUCUCUCUUUCUCUCUCUCUCUCAUUCUCUGUCUCUUGUUUUGGGGCAGGGGUGCUUGUGAGGCAUGCUGACAUGGAUAUUUUCCCUCUUCUGCUGCAGUGGUGUUGGGUGCUUGGCUCGCUGAGGAGACUGACAUACAGAGCCUUUGGUUUUCCAGCAGUCAUUAGUGGACUAAAUGGUAACGUCCAGCAAUUGUGCUAUUGAUUAUCGCCAGAUUCGAAGCUAAAAUGUUCCUGUUUCACAUCAGCAUGCUUUCUUCCCCCCUUUUUUUGUUGCUCAGCUUUCUCUUCUCUUUUACAGAUCCAUGCUAAUUAUUUGUUAGAUGCAGAUGCGUCUGCGUAAAGUAUGUGAACAUUUGGAGGUUCAUCUUUUGUGUUGUCUUUUGAAACUGGAAUUAUAAGGCAUCACACUAAUUAGAAGGCAGUGAGUGGCUUAAAGGGAUAGUUGACACAAAAGAUGUUUUGAAGAAAGCUGAAAACAUGUAACCAAUAACAUUCCAUAGUAGGAACAACAAAUACUAUGGAAGUCAGUGGCUACCAGUGUCCACCAUUUUUUGGAACUCAAAAAGGUUUUCAACAAGUAAAUGAUGAUUGAGUUUUGCGUGAACUAUCCCUUUAUAUAUCUACAAUAUGAUCAAACUCAUUUUGCAGCCAAACUGUCAUCUUCUUUUUUUCAUAUGUUGUUAAAGGGAUGUUUCACUACACCUCUAAAUAGUCAUCAUUUGUUCAUCCUCAAAGCGGUGAUGCUUUCUUUUGUGGAACAUGAAAAGAUAAACUACAUUUUUCAAUAUCUUUUUUUUUUUUGUCCAUACAGUGCAAACCAACAGUCUCCAAUGUUGAACUUUGCUUGGAUCACUUUGGUUUUAAUUAAAUGGACAAAAAUAAUUAAAAAAUAAUAACUUUGUUUCCAAAAUAAGUUAAAUCCAGUCUGGAAUGAUGUGAGGAUGAGUAAGCAAUGACAAUAUUAAAUGUUGGUGAGUAGUCCUUUUGCAAAAGUGCUCAUGUCCAUCAUCACUAACUUGAUAAGCACUAAAAUCUUAAUUUAGUUGAGCCAAGACUGCAAAGAUCAGCGGCUUUUAUAUGUUAUUAAUUAUAAUUCUGAUUAUUAUAUGUUUGUAAGAAUGAUCUCAUUUUAAAAUCAUCCCUUGCUUGAGUUUUGUUGGUCUUCAAGAUGAAGAUUUUUGACAUCAUUGACGCCUGAAUACUUUUGUUGUGAAUUGGAUUUCAUGUAAUGUCAGAAAUAGUGGGUUGUGGUAUAGUGUUGUGUAGCAUGUUCAUUUGUGGCGGCCCUGUGGAUUUUUCAAGUUGUUGGGUUCAUACUGAACAGGGUUUCAUACAAUUUCAGAUUUCAUUUUCCAGGGCUUUGACAAGCAAUGAGAUUGGAUUGCUUUCGGAUGGUCGUGUAUAUAUAGUGUAGUGACUAACAAAUGCCUUUCUGACUUUAGUUGAACUUGUUUAUUUGGUCAUUACUGGAAUGAGUUUAUUUCAAAGGGAAUUCAGUAACAAUAAGGGCUGCUGUAUUAUUAGGCACUGUCAAACAUUUAGCAUUAUGAUGAGCGGGUGUUUAUACUGAGAAGUGUCACCACUAGGGGAAGCCAGUGAUCUUCAGGAACUACAAGAGUAGGCAACAAACAGUUAAAAAACGUUGUGGUUUAGCUUUUCUUGGAAGUUGUCAAAUCUGUAUAAGUUGCAGUCAUAUGCCAAUAAUAGCAAUGCAUUGCAUCAAAUCAUUUCGAAUAGCGUCUGUCAGUACUAUCUCAGGAAAAGAGACCUGCGUGUUAACUUGAAUGGCCUGUUUUUUUCUUUCUUAGAAAACAAUAUAAACUUGACUGAAAUUUGAGUCGGGUGUCAGUUUGUGUUGAUUGUGUGAAUCUGUCACACGACAUGUUGAUUUUUCAUCAUUUGCAGACUGGUCGAUUAAAGAGAUGAGCACUGAUUUAAUACAGUUAGUCCGAUUGUUGAUGCUACAUCCUGUUGCUUUUGCCAUUUUCCCUUUUAAAGGGAUAGUUCACCCAAAAUUCUGUCAUUUACUUGUGCUCCUAAUUGAGUUUGUUUCUUCUUUUGAAUACACAAAUGAAGAAACACUGAGGAAUGUUGAAAUAAAACAGCCAUUGAAUUCCAUAAUAGUUUUUUUUUUUACUAUGGAUUUCUGUGACUGCUUUCUCCUCUCAACAUUCUUCAGAAUAUCUUGUUUUGUGUUCAACUGAAGAUAGAAAUUCCUAAAGGUUUAGAACCACUUAAAUGUGAGCAAAUGAUGAGGAAACGUCAAUUUUUGGGUGAGCUAUCCCUUAAGUUUGACUUUAUCCAUGGUUUUGCUUUAGAGUGUGAAUAUGACUGUCUUAAAGCGAUGUGUUCCCUGUGGUUGUUAAAUGGAGAGAGGACAGACUUUGACUGCCCUGGAAUAAACCCACUCUGUGAAUGUCACUUUUUUAUGUCAGCGUAAUUUAAGCUCCUAAUUUUAAAACAUUUAUAUGCAAAAUUUAUAAAAUUUUGACAAUGUUCAAUUCUGUGAAAUAAAACCUAUUUUGAUACCAUGAAAA